AGGGAAAUCAAAUAGAAUAAUGGAAUGACACCCAUUUCUUCUGUGCUCCAUUCAUGCUGCGUAGCUCUGUUGUGUAGAACAAGAGAUGGAAGCUGGGGAAAGUAACGCUAGUAACGAGAGGUGUAUCAUAUCCAACGAUUCUUCAUGGUGCAGUCAAUUCCGCAAUGCAUCUAAUCCUUGGAUGGCUAGAUAUGCUUAUGCCUUGAUUUUUCUUGUGGCGAACCUUUUGGCAUGGGCUGCACGGGAUUUUGGUCGUGGUGCUUUAACAGAAAUGGAGAGAUUGAAAGGAUGCAAUGGUGGAAAAGACUGUUUGGGUGCCGAAGGUGUUUUGCGUGUGAGCUUGGGUUGCUUUAUAUUUUAUAUCAUAAUGUUUUUGUCAACUGCUCGCACUUCUAAACUGAACAAUGUGAGAGAUAAAUGGCACUCUGGAUGGUGGUCAGUCAAGAUUGCUCUCUGGGUCGUCAUGACGAUCAUCCCAUUUUUACUCCCGUCUGGCUUUAUUCAGAUUUAUGGGGAGGUGGCUCAUUUUGGUGCAGGAGUUUUCCUCCUAAUUCAACUGAUAAGCAUAAUCAGCUUCAUUACAUGGCUGAAUGAUUGUUGUGAGUCUGAAAAAUAUGCAGCAAGUUGCAAAAUCCAUGUGAUGUUGUUUGCAACGACUGCAUACGUUGUCUGUUUGGUGGGGGUCAUUUUGAUGUACAUUUGGUAUGCACCAAAGCCAUCUUGCCUCCUCAACAUUUUCUUCAUUACAUGGACGCUAGUACUUCUCCAACUUAUGACAAGCGUGUCUCUGCACCCAAAAGUUAAUAAUCCUGGCAUUCUAACUCCGGGGCUGAUGGGGCUUUAUGUUGUCUACCUUUGCUGGUGCGCUAUUAGAAGUGAACCUGAUGGAGAAAACUGCAUCAGGAAGUCAGACUCUGCAACCAAAACAGACUGGCUAAGCAUCAUUAGCUUUGUUGUUGCAAUACUGGCAAUUGUUAUUGCGACGUUUUCAACAGGCAUAGACUCCAAAUGCUUCCAGGUCAUGCAGGAUGAUACGCCAGAAGAGGAUGAUGUACCCUAUGGUUAUGGUUUCUUCCAUUUUGUUUUUGCCACGGGAACAAUGUACUUUGCUAUGCUAUUGAUUGGAUGGAAUAGUCAUCAUUCUAUGAGAAAAUGGACAAUCGACGUGGGCUGGACCAGCACCUGGGUCAGAAUAGUAAAUGAAUGGUUGGCAGUCUGUGUAUAUUUAUGGAUUCUGAUAGCUCCAAUCAUAUGGAAGAGCAGACAUACCAAUUCUACUUGAGAAAGUCCGAGACAAACCAUUCUAUUUUUGAUAAUUUUUGAGGAUUAAGAUCUUCAGAUAGUCCCAUAUCUCAAUUUGCGCAUGUAGUGGACUCCUCCGGCUUUGCAGAUAGGAGGAGAAAGAAUUGCAAUUGCAGCAUCCAGGAAAUUCUCUUGCUGAGGAAACGAUUCUUCUUCGAUGCAUACUGGACGCAUAGGAUCUGGCACUAAAUGCACGUAUACUGGUUGGAUCUGUUCUACUA